AUGCUUUGGAUGGCUGCUAUUGAUCAUCGGGCUUCUUUAUCUGUCUCACCCUCAAAACAACGCAAUAUUUGCCAGUUCCUCGGCGAUCUGACGAGAACAUUGUUUCAAUUUUCAGACAAUCUCUCGCCCAAGAAUCAGGAGCCCUCACUGGUGGAACGUAUUACUCAUCUGGAUAAGGUGAUCACUUGCAUUCAUAUUGCCUCGAUUGUCUCGACCGAACACAGCGAGGAAAGCAUGAGGUGGUGGAAGGCGGCCUUUGGUUUAGCUCGACAGCUCAAACUAAAUCAGGAGGCGAAAUUCACGCCGAAUUUUGAUAAGCAAAGAAAUGCCUCGCUUCAAUUCUCUGAAGACGAGCUAUCAGAUUGGCCAAAUAAACAGAGCUUUUUCCAUUUUGGUGGUUCACAGUCAAGUCUGAAUUGCGUAUGUGAGCAAAUCCAUUAUCAAGGCUUCCCCGUCUUAACGGAGGAGUACCGCGAAGAGCGAAGACGAGCAUGGUGGCUGCUUUACAUGAUUGAUCGUCAUCUUGCAUUGUGUCACAAUCGUCCGCCACAUUUCCUUGAUGCAGAGUGUGAGAAUCUGCUACUUCCACUGGAUGAAACCUCAUGGCAAGGAAGUAUUGUUCACAACAAGGAAUUCCAUCCGCAGAGCCCUCGCCAGAGCGAACCUCAGGUCUUCCCUGAUUUUCGCUGUCGCGACUCUUCUAUUUUUGGAUUUUUCCUUCCACUUAUGACCAUCACCGGAGAGGUGAUAGAGCUCAACAAUCUGCGGCUACAAGACAAUAAGGCUUACGAAAUUAAAGAGGCCGAAGUACUACGCCACCUCGAGAUCUAUCAGACUAGUUUGUCCGCUUUUUUGGUACCUUCAGCGUCUUCAACCGUUGACACCGCAGUGUCAGACCAACUUAUCGACGGGCAGUUAGUCCAGGAUUGCACUUGGCAAACACAAACGGUGGUUGCUUACUCGUCAUACCUAGUUCAAGCUCUCCAUAUAUCGCUAGUGGGAAAGUGGGACUGGCAAUUCUUAUUGGAAGACAAGGAGCUUUGGACUUCUUCGGCAUUCACAUCAACCAUCUCACACUCAUUAGAUGCGGCUUUUUGGUUGCGGCAAAUCUUGCAGCUUGACCCAGAUAUCAGCUUCAUGCCCUACUUCUUCGGUAUUCAGUUGCUUCAAGGGAGCUUUCCGGUACUGUUGAUUGUGGAGCGUCUGCAAGAUAAGUGUGGCGAAGAUAUUCUCAAUGCCGCCGAGGUUAUGAUACAAGCUACCGAAUCUUGUCUUGUCACGCGAAAUACAGAUUAUCAAAGGAAAUUUCGGCAAUUGAUACGCAGCGCAGUUUCACAGGCCUGGGGUCGUCCUGUGAGCGCCAGUGAAAUUCGACGUCGCCAUAAAGCGGUAUUUGAUCUUUGGCUGUUGAUACGAAAGUGGAAAAAUUGGUCCGCUGACUUCAAUAUCAAUUGUGAAACCUGA